AGUCGUGUAGUAACGUCUGCACAGAAUUCAGUGUGUUGUACCGGCAGUUUCCUAUUAACAUCUCGAAAACUAACAAAAGCCAGAAAUUGAAAUUUUACAUUCGAAAUUUCACGUCGACCGGGAACCGACACUUCUCGAAAUUCUGAAAAAUUUGAAAAUUUUAAUGCUUUCGAUGUUCAACACGAACAUUAAAUAUUUAACAUUAAAUAUAUGAAGAUUGAAAAGAUAUUUUGAAUGAAAAUUUGAGAGGCUAGAAUAUUUAUGUAUUUGUAGAAUUUCGAAAUUUCGAAAUUUGGCAACCAGAAGAUUGGAAAAUCGGAAGAUUGUAAGAUAUUCAUCAAAGUGAAACGAAAAGGAAAUGAAACACCUGAAAACAGUUUUCCUUCUGCUAAUGGCCGUUCUCGUGUGCGUGAACGAUGCCUACAGGAUUCUCUGCGUUUUCCCGUACAAUGGUAAAAGUCACUUCAGAAUGUUCGACGUUCUGUGCAAAGGACUGGCAAGAAAGGGACACAAAGUCGACAUGAUCAGCCAUUUUCCGACAGAAAUCCCGAUCGCUAAUUACAGGGAUAUUGUCGAUUUGAAUGGAACGAGAGAGAACAUAGUCAACAGCUUAAGCAUUCAACAUGGAAGAACGUUACAUGCGUCUGUAGUGUAUUAUAUAGCGACCACCUAUGGUGGCGAUUUGUGUCACUUACUAGGUCAUGAAAAGAUGCAAAACUUUAUCAAAAAUCUACCAAAGGGUCCGUCUUACGAUCUUGUGAUCACUGAGUACUUCGGGGCACCAUGCUACUUAGGUCUCGGGGCACUUUUAAACACACCGGUGGCCAUCGUUGUGAGCAGCCUCGAAACCCCCUACGUCGACAAUUUCAUGGGGAACCCUUUCAAUGUCGCCUUCUUCCCCGGAACAUCGCUCGAGAACGUCGUGCUAAAUACAUUUUUUGAUCGAGUUUCGAACCUGGUCAUAAACUACAAAGACUCGCUGGUGUUUCAAUACUACACGUCCGAUCAAACUGAUAUAAUGAGGAAAUAUUUGGGGUGGGACUUGCCAGACGUCAGACAAUUGGAGAGAAACGUGACUUUGGCUCUGGUGAACUCGCACUACUCCUUUCACGGGAUCCGAUCGUUUGCCCCGGCGGUGAUCGAGGUUGCAGGACUACACAUUCAAGACGAAGAGAUACCGUUGCCUCCAAUACUUAAGAAUUGGCUGGACACAGCCGAUCAUGGAUUAGUGUAUUUCACGUUAGGUUCAUUGAUGAACAUCGAAACCCUGCCACGAGACACGUUAUUGGGCUUGUACGCGUCGUUCGGAAAAAUUUCCCCGAUCAGAGUGUUAAUGAGAGUUGCCAACACGACGAAAUUGCCUCCUGGAUUGCCUGAUAACGUGGUCGUAUCGUCGUGGAUCCCUCAAAUUUCAGUGCUCAGACAUAAGAAUACACGAGCGUUCAUAACGCAUGGCGGGCUGAUGGGGACUCAGGAAGCUAUCUACCAUGGGGUUCCCAUGAUAGGAAUACCAGUGUUCUCAGACCAGAUAAGAAACGUGAACAUCAUGGUUCAGAAGAAUGUAGGAAUUUUGUUACGUUCGGAAGAUCUCGAUGAACGUUCCAUGGAUAUUGCAUUGCACGCGAUAUUACAUGAUCCUAAAUAUAGAAAAUCUGCGAGAAAAAUGUCAGAGAUAUUUAGAGAUCGACCGAUGAACGGUUUGGAUACAGCGAUUUAUUGGACCGAGUACGUAAUCAGAAAUGGCCCCGAUUCUUUGAAAUCCCCCGCAGUGGACAUGCCCUGGUGGAAAUUAAAUUUAAUCGACGUCUUCGUUUUCUUAAUCGCGUCUUUCGUUCUCGUCAUCUACCUCUUAUUCGUCACUGUCAAAUUCAUACUGAAAAAUCUCUAUACAUUGAAAGACAGGCAAAACAAGCCAAAAGAGAAAUCUAAUUGAGAUUUUGUUAAAAAUCUGAAUAAAUCAACGUCUUUGAGAAAUCGAUCCUUUUAAUCCUUUUCUUUUUUUUUCUCAAUCGUACUCCUUAAUUAAAUCAAUAGGAACUACACUGCCAUUUUAUAUUCUAUAUUCUAUAUUAUUCUAUACUCUAUAUCUUAGAAUUAAAUUGAAGAUAUAUAUACGAAUAUAAUAGCAAACAAAUAUAAUAUUUUAUAUAACAAGUAUGUUCUAUUAU